GCAGAGAGGGAGAGAGAGAGCCACUACAGCACAUUCUCUCUCUCUUCCUCAUUCCCCCCUUCGAUUUGAGGCGAUCUGUAAUUCUCUUCCACAACAUCUGUUUCUUUACAAAUGUUCUCCUCCUUCUCAGUAACUUCCUCUCCGUGUCUUUAGUUCCCCACCUACCCAACUGAACCUACUUGUCCAUGUUCCAGUAGGGAAUGUAACCACCACCAGCAAAUUAAAAAAGCCAUCUUGAUUAUUCUUUUACUCCUACUCCUACUACUUCAAUUAUCUCUUCAUUUUUUCUCUCUCUGAUUUUCUUCCUUUCCCUUCUGCCCACUCUUAUCUUCCUACAGUUGCUUGAUUUACUUCCUUUCUUGAAAAAGUUUUGAUCUUUUUUUAAACUCAAUUCGUCUCCUUUCCUAAUGUAGAAUCCCGGGAUCGCAAUUGUAUCUAGGUUUUUUUUUUGGAGAUUUAUUUAUUUUAUUGGGGUUGUUUUGCAUUGCACAGCUGAAUGUUUGGUGGAUGGUAGUAAGAUUUAUCUGCUUUGGGGUUGCAGCGAGUCUUUAGAUUUUUCCUAUUUCUAUUCUGAUUGAUUUCCAGCUCUUUUGAUUCUUUGGAGAUUGGUUUUGGUUUGGCUUAUUUAGGGAGAAUUGCAAUCAAGCUACUGUUCAUUGUACCAUAUAUCUUUACAAGUCUUUUGGUUUUAGCGCUUGGUUCUUAUCCUAUAUUUGUUACUUUUUCAAGCUGUUUUUAAGUUAGGUCUUCCUCCAUGUAAAUGGAAUUCAGAAGCUAAGCCAUGAACGUCACAAAAGAUUAAAUUUUGUAUGCCUACUGCAUUCAAGAUACAGUUUUGACUGAGAAAUGCAGCUUUUUUUUCUUUUUGUUUUGCUGUGGGUUGGGCUUGUUCAAGGCAAUUCAGUCAAUUCAGAUAUAGAAGCACUGUUGGAGUUUAAGAAGGGGAUAAGUAAAGACCCUAUGGGUCUUGUUCUAGACUCUUGGGAUCGUUUUACAUCAGCGUCUGAGGCUUGCCCUCUUACCUGGUAUGGUAUCCAGUGCAAGGGAAAUCGAGUCGCCUCGAUCUCAUUAAGAAAUAUCAGUCUUGUAGGAAAUAUCAGUUUCUCUUCCCUUGCUCAACUGGAUAUGCUUCACAAUUUGUCUCUUGCAAAUAAUCAAUUGACAGGAAUUCUUACUCCUGAUUUGGGAGCUCUUAGUUCUUUAGAAUUUUUAGAUCUCUCUAGCAAUUCAUUUCAUGGGCAAAUACCUGACAAGUUCAUGGACUUGAGCAAUCUUAUCCAUCUGAAUCUGUCUUGGAAUAGUUUUGAGGUUGUAUUUCCAUCUGGUUUCAAUAAGUUACAGAAGUUGAAGUAUCUAGAUUUGCAGGCAAAUGGUUUGUUUGGUGAUGUGGGGAGUGUUAUUGGUCAACUACAAAGUGCUGUUUAUGUUGAUCUCAGCCAGAAUAAGUUCACUGGAGCACUUACUUCAAUGGCCGAUAACUCGAACAUUACUGGUUCUUUGCAGUACUUAAACAUUAGUCACAAUGUUUUAUCAGGAGAGUUAUUUGGAAAGGAUCUAGUGCCUUUGUUUGACAGUUUGGAGGUUUUUGACUCCAGUUUUAACAAGCUCAGUGGCCAGGUUCCUUCCUUCAAUUUUAUAGCUUCCCUUAAGACUCUUUGCCUCGGAAACAAUCAGUUUUCUGGACCUUUUCCUGAGGCCCUGUUCAAGGGGUUUUCCAUGGUUUUGGCUGAGCUUGAUUUGAGCUGCAAUAAUCUCACAGGUCCAUUGCUGAGUAUAACAUCCACUACUCUGAAGAAACUAAAUCUUUCCUCAAACAAUCUUAGUGGCUCUCUGCCUUCCAAGAUAGGGAGCUGUGCAAUUGUAGAUUUGAGCGAUAAUUUAUUUUCAGGAGAUGUUUCUGCAAUUAGAAGUUGGGGAAACUAUGUAGAGACUAUAGAUCUAAGUUCAAAUAAAUUGGAAGGAACUUUACUGAAUGAAACAUCUCAGUUUUUGAGGUUGAAAUCUCUGAGGCUUUCUAACAAUUUUUUAGAAGGAGAACUUCCACUUGUGAUAGGCACAUAUCCCGAUAUAAGCGCCAUUGAUUUGAGUCUCAACAAGCUCAACGGUCCACUUCCUCCAAGCCUAUUUUCAUCAGUAAGAUUGACGAAUCUGAAUCUUUCAUUCAAUAGAUUCACUGGACCUAUCUUUCCAGACAAAUUGAACACAGAAUCAGUUUCUCCUGAUGCUCCCUUGCUCCCAUAUCUAAAUUCUAGUCUUGUUUCUGUCGAUCUUUCUAACAACUUAUUAAGUGGGUCUCUACCUCGAGAAAUGAUUUCCAUGAGCCAUCUGCAAUUGCUGAAUAUAUCAAGGAAUAAUAUUUCUGGACAGAUUCCAAAAGAUAUGGGGAUACUUCAGAGCUUACUGUAUAUAGAUUUCUCUCAUAACCAAUUUGAAGGAACCUUACCUGAUAAUCUUCCUGAUGGCCUUUUGGGAUUCAAUGUUUCAUAUAAUAAUCUUUCUGGUAAUGUUCCCAAUAACUUGUUAAGGUUUCCUGAAUCCUCAUUUCGGCCGGGGAACUCCUUUCUGAAUUUACCUCCCAAAUUUCCAAUUAUUGCAAGUAUCAAUGAAAAGGAAAAGCAUCGCCAUCACAUGAGAAAUGUGAUAAUUUAUGGGUUUAUUGCUGGAGCUUUUGUUUGUGCUAUUAUUGUUCUCUUGUUCAUACUCAUAUAUCAGAAGCUAUCUCAAGGAAAUGAUAGGAGGGUUACUCAUCAGUGGAAAUCCUCCAUUAAAUGCAUUUUUAAACCACAGAAGAGUACUGUGCUGCCUCCAACUUCUUCAAGCUUUUCUCAAAAUCGUUUAUUUCAAUCGAGAUCUUUGUCUGCUCAAGCUGAGCAAGGAAGAAUCUCUUCUGCAAGUUGUAGAAAAGGUGUAGAACCUGUGAUGCAAGAGCAAUAUAAUGUUAGUGAGCUCUCACAAAGGAGUAACACAAGUACUACUGUGUCACAGUUCAUAACUUCACCUUCUUCCUCCAUUCACCAAACUUCAUUACAGCAAGCUCCAAUCCUAAAUGUUCUUUCUCCGGAUAGGCUCUCUGGUGAUUUGCAUCUCUUCGACAACUUGGUUGUAUUUACCGUUGAAGAACUUUCUCGAGCCCCAGCAGAAAUUAUUGGUAGAAGCUGCCAUGGAACAUCUUAUAAGGCGACUCUCGACAAAGGUCAUGUGGUGGCUGUUAAAUGGCUGAAGGAAGGUAUUGUGAAAAGCAAGAAGGAAUUUUCCCGAGAGGCGAAAAAGCUUGGGAGCAUUAGGCAUCCCAAUCUGGUUUCUUUAAAGGGUUAUUAUUGGGGUCCAAAAGAACAUGAGAGGCUUUUAAUAUCAGAUGGUAUUGAAGCAUUGUCUCUAACAGUUCAUCUUUGUGAGUUUGAACAGCGAAAGCUCGAUCCCCUCUCUCUGAGCCAUCGACUUACGAUUUCAGCCGACGUUGCUCGAUGCCUCGACCACCUCCACAAUGAGAAAUCCAUCCCUCAUGGAAAUCUCAAAUCCACCAACAUCCUCAUACAACAUCCAAACAUGAAUGCUGUUCUCACUGAUUACAGCCUCCACCGGAUCAUGACGCCUUCCGGCAUGGCCGAGCAGGUCCUGAACGCCGGCGCUCUCGGUUACCGGCCUCCGGAGUUCGCCAGCACCACCAAGCCUUGUCCUUCGCUGAAGAGUGAUGUGUAUGCCUUUGGCGUCGUUCUGCUUGAGCUCAUAACUGGUAGAAAUGCCGGUGAGAUUGUUUCUGGGAAUCCUGGUGGUGUGGAUUUAACAGACUGGGUAAGAUCAUUGGCCAUAAGUAAUUGUUCUUACGAAUGUUUUGAUAGGAAUAUCGUUGCAGAAACAGAAGGAAAUGAGGCCAUUUUCAGAGCACUGGAAGAACUGUUAGGAGUGGCUCUCAGGUGUAUUAGAUCUGCUGAUGAAAGACCUGAGAUUAGAACUGUUUUUGAAGAACUAUCUUCAAUGUUGCUAUAGCUUUCUUAGAGAACUGUUCUAACAUCAUUGUUUAGUUCCACCUCCCAAUUAUUUUUUAUUUUUUAUUUUAAAGUUUAGGGAGUGCAAAAUAAGAUUUAUUAAUGUCAUGA